UCACUGUAAGACCUACAUUAAUUCCUUUUAUAACUUUCAUUUUCACAAAGUUUCCCACACUAUUCAGUCAGUAUCUCAUCAAUGGAGCUCCAAAAGACCUCCAUUUUCUUCAUCAUUUUCCUUAUCACGAUCCACACCAUCUCAGCCACAACCAUCAUGAUGGUUAACAAAUGUACCCACAAUGUCUGGCCCGGUAUCCAACCGGGUGCCGGGUCACCCAUUCUUGCCCGGGGCGGCUUCAAACUCCCCCCUAAAAGGUCCUACACUCUCUUCCUCCCACCUGCCUGGUCUGGCCGUCUUUGGGGCCGUGAAGGCUGUGCUUUUGAUGCUUCCGGCCGUGGUAAAUGCGCCACCGGCGACUGUGGUGGCUCCCUCUAUUGCAACGGCGCCGGCGGUGCCCCACCUGCUACUCUAGCUGAAAUCACUCUCACUGCUCAACAAGACUUUUAUGAUGUUAGCCUUGUUGACGGGUACAAUCUUCCAAUAGCUAUAAGGCCAUUUAAAGGAACAGGCAAAUGCACAUAUGCAGGAUGUGUUAGUGAUCUGAAUGUUAUGUGUCCGGUUGGGUUACAAGUCCGGUCACAUGACAAACGUCGCGUGGUAGCGUGUAAAAGCGCGUGUUCUGCUUUCAAUUCGCCUAGGUUUUGUUGUACCGGAAGUUAUGGUAACCCACAGACAUGUAAACCGACGGCGUAUUCAAGGAUCUUUAAGGUGGCUUGUCCGAGGGCUUAUUCAUAUGCGUACGAUGAUCCAACAAGUAUCGCGACUUGCACCGGAGCUAGCUAUAUGCUUACUUUCUGUCCUCACCAUUAAUUAGUGUUUUUAAAACGCUAAAAAUGUUCUUAUGGUAGUAUCGUUAUCAAAAAUGCAUUAUUAGGAAAUGCAACUUGAUCUAGCUAUAGAUUGUUUUAGAUUUAUUUUCGAACUUUGUAUUUGGCGUUACUUUAGAUUCUCUAUAUAUUAAUUAAUUAAACUAUGAUGAUA